UGAGCGCGCAGCAUGCUGGGAUGUGUAGUUCAUCUGCGACUGGGACGCCCCCUCGGAUGAAUGGGGCCUCGUUUGACUGGGAACUACAGUUCCUUCGUUGGUGGCGUCCGUGGCAGCCGUAGAAGGGACAACCGCGGUCCUACGAGAGAGAGCGCUGCGGAACGGUGGCGAUGUGCUGCCCGGGCUUCCUGGGGUAGCGGUAUAAGCGGGUGCUUCCCUUGCACGCUCGCUCCUCUUCCCCUGCACCCGCCAUGCGCGCGGCGUUUGCGGUGGGCCUGGUGUUCGCAGGCUGCUGCAGUAACGUGAUCUUCCUAGAGCUGCUGGCCCGGAAGCAUCCAGGAUGUGGGAACAUCGUGACAUUUGCACAAUUUUUAUUUAUUGCUGUGGAAGGCUUUCUUUUUGAAGCUGAUUUGGGAAGGAAGCCACCAGCUAUCCCAAUAAGGUACUACGCGAUAAUGGUAACCAUGUUCUUCACUGUCAGCGUGGUGAACAACUAUGCACUGAAUCUUAACAUUGCCAUGCCCCUGCAUAUGAUAUUUAGAUCCGGCUCUCUAAUUGCCAACAUGAUUCUAGGAAUUAUCAUUUUGAAGAAAAGAUACAAUAUGUUGAAAUAUCUCUCGAUUGCCCUGGUAUCCGUAGGCAUAUUUAUUUGCACCUUCAUGUCAGCAAAGCAGGUGACUUCCCAGUCCAGCGUGAGUGAGAAUGAUGGAUUCCAGGCAUUCGCAUGGUGGUUACUAGGCAUUGGGGCACUGACUUUUGCUCUUCUGAUGUCAGCAAGGAUGGGUAUAUUCCAGGAGACUCUCUACAAACAAUUUGGGAAGCACUCCAAGGAGGCUUUAUUUUAUAAUCAUGCCCUUCCACUUCCUGGCUUUAUCUUCUUGGCCUCUGAUAUUUAUGACCAUGCAGUUCUCUUCAGUAAGUCCGCCGUGGAAGGCAGAGCCGUUCACAAGUCCAAGCUGCCUGGGCACCAAGCAGCAUUGAAGCAGUGUGUUAACAGAACUAUAUCAACUUCCAGUCAUCGACGUGACAGUGCCCAUCAUGUGGCUUUACCUGCUCAUGAAUGUUAUCACUCAGUAUGUGUGCAUCCGGGGUGUGUUCAUCCUCACGACAGAAUGUGCCUCCCUCACUGUCACGCUUGUUGUGACUCUACGCAAGUUUGUGAGCCUCAUCUUUUCCAUCUUAUAUUUCCAGAACCCUUUCACUCUGUGGCACUGGUUGGGUACUUUGUUUGUCUUCAUUGGGACCUUAAUGUACACAGAGGUGUGGAACAACAUAGGGACCGCAAGAAGUCAGCCACAGAAGGAUGACAAGAAGAACUGAGGUCUGCUGGGACCCGACAAAUCGGGUUGUGUGAGUGGGGUCUCUAGCAAAGGUCUGGCCAUUUCACUCUGGGUAAUGCCAAAUUACCCCCAGUAUUGAACUAAACCUGCCCCAGAGAACGCUCAGAAGGAGAAGACCUCUCCAUUUUCCAUGGCUGUCUGGACUAUGUUUGUAGACUCCAAAUAGAUAUCCCUCAGCCCUAAAAUAGAAAAAAGGAAUAGUUCUGUACCUUUGAGCAGCUCAUUGAUUUGCUGUUUUGUUUACCAGAAUGUUCAGAACUAUACUUGUUUGUUGAAUUCCAGGACCCAGAGCUACUGGUUUUGUAUCUGUGGUCUCAGACAAGACCAUGCCUUUGUUGCUGUUCUGAUGCUUCUCUGCCAUGUCAGUUAUUAUCAUCCUGUGGCUGUGUCCUUUUUCCCCCUCUGUCAUCCCUCCAUACCUCAGCAGCUCUUUGCAAUCCAUCAGAUGCUCCAGGUCCCAUCAUCCACUGAAAAAUGGAGUGGUGAGUGAAUGGAGACCCCAGAAACAUCAGGGCUGGACUUCCUCCAGCAUUUGGAAAAGAAGCAGUUGUCCCCAUGAGCUGAGCCCUCAUGACAGUGGAGUAGCCUGGUGGACCCCUCUUUCUCAUAUUAUUUUUACCCCCCUCCCCAACAAAAAUCAGAGGCUUUUCCCAUCUGUUGAUCUCUGUGCUUACAACAAUUCUGUAGCAUCUCAUGGAAUAAUGUUAGUAUGAGAGAAAGGUUACACAUGGAUUGGAAGAAGGAGACUUUUUCCUCAGUCUUGCUUAUGAAUCCCACUAGCCUGUCACUAAGAUGAGGACAGCAGCUGGCCCUGCUCACUCCCCUGAUAGCCACAGCUUCUCCUGUAGGCCCAGCCAGAGUGGGAGGGUAAGACUGUGCAAGGCUUCAGAGCCGGGAAAAUGAGCUCUGCCUGGUGCUUAUGACAGUCACCACCAGCCAGGUGAACAGCCAAAGGUGGGUAGGAGGCGUGGGUAUGAGGUCUAUAUCAGGUCAGAUCACAAAUACAGUUGAAAGUUAUGCUCUUUAUUUUUCCUCUAAGGUAUCUUUAUUGUUCAUGUUGGAUACUUGGAAAAGAGUUGUAUGUACUUUAUUAUAUCAAGAAACAUGCCUCUCUUUUAAUAACCAUUUCUUGGGUCCGUUUUUCUUCUGAAGGGAUUAUGGCGAGAAAGAUGAAUGACGUCACUAAGGUGCACAGAAUGUAUAGUUUGUGUGCAAAUGAAAAGCAUGUAAAUUGGUGUCUUUUAUUUGCUCCGUCUGUAUUUAGCUCCAGUCCUUCAUUGAGUCAAUGAAUGCGUCUCUUUUUCCUAUAGACAAAGGCCUUUCACUUACUGCUGGGUGUGAACUGCACUCUGAAAUUGAGAUGUGGCUCUCUCUGGGUUGCCCAGGCUUGCUCCUGGCUGUCUGUUUCACUGGCUGCACAGUCUCUGAUAGGUCUGAGCAAGGCACUGAGGAGAAAUAUCCUUAAUCCCUGGACUACUUGGGGAAAACAUUCAAGCUGUCUCACUUCUUUUGUUACAUAAAAUAUGGAUGCUAUUUCCCCAGCUAAAUCCCUAGGUUUGCAAACUGACCUGUUACUCUGGACAGUGACACCUUCCAGGUAAUGGUCUGUUCUCAGAGAUACUGAAUUAGAUGGGAACCCAUUCACAAACUCAAAAGCUACUUGCUUUGAAAGAUGUGAAGUUCUUUGGAUUGAUGGAGCCAUAAAUAUCAAAUGGUAACUGUCCUCUUAAAAAAGAAAACAAUGAAAGCUACUUCUUUUUUCUUGCUGCUUAAUAGAAGAAUCUGUCCCUUGGGGCUAUUUGAUUGCUGCAGCUCUGGGUCUCUGGUAACCCUUGGUGGGAUACGCCCUUACCUAAUAGCACCACCCUGUUUAUGCUGAUGGGAAUACUACAAUUUAUACUUAUUGGAGAAGGGCUAACAUACAGUCAGUAUUUAACGAGGCCUAUCAGAUUCUGGUUUUAGGCCAGGUUCCUCUCAGAGUGAAUAUCUUUCCCAGUCUUGUUGGUACAGGCUGUGUAUGGAGAGGUAAUAUAUUAGAGCACUCGUAUAACAAAAUGAGCAGCCAUAGGAGCACAAUACUUGAAAUACUGUGAGUUGUUUUUAUCACUCGUUGGUGCAUGUGAGAAAGUAUGUUCAAUGGACACCAUUGAAUACUUUUUAAACUACUCUUUAAAAAUAUUUAUUCCCCUUAGUUGACUGAUUUUUCAAUUCAGGUUGAAUGUUUUUCCAACCUUUAUUUUUAAAAAGGGCACAUAAACUCUUUGAUAGAGGAUCCCACUCAUACCUAAAUGGAGGAAAACUAGUAAUUGCUUUUCCUCUUUCUUUGGGUCAACAUCAUGGAUUUUGUGCUUCAGAGAUACAGAGCAUGUGGUUUGUUUAUAAAGAAUUUAAUAUUUAAGUCAUCUACAGUUCUACCCUAAAGCAUAAUUCAGAUAGCAAAGCACGCUAGCAGAAAAUCGUGUGCACCUGUGUGUCUACUUAACAGCGUGGCUGCUAUUGUAGAUAAGGGAGGAAAAAUGGUGAAAGUUUGAAUUAUAUAAAUUUAAUAUCUAGAUAGUCUUUAGGAAAAUUGUAUUGUCACAUUAUAACACUUUUUUCAUUGUUAUCAGUAAUUUAGUUUUUAUUUAAUUCAGUGCUUUAAAAAAAAUUCUGAGCUUGGGGCUGGGGAUUUAGCUCAGCGGCAAAAGCACCUGCCUUGCAAGCAGGCGGUCGUGAGUUCGAUCCCCGGUACCGGUAAAAAAAAAAAAAAUUCUGAGCUAAAGAUAGAACCCAGGAUCUCACAGAUGUUUUUCAUUAUUUGUUUCAGCCAAGUAAAACUACCAUUAAUGCACUUGGAGAGUUUAUGUCAGAUACUAUUUAGACACCAUCCAAAUACUCAGUGGUUUUGUUGUUUUCUUUUUGCUUCUUCCUUCUCAGAGACGAGGAAAAUGAAAUGCUGUAGUACUUGAAUUUGGUCAGUACUAGAAACGGAGGAAAACCAUGACAGCUGAGUUAUCUUGUGCCCUCCAUAACCCACCUCUCUGUUCAGGGAACAGUAUGUGAUAUUUCUAAAAGAUUCUAAAAGUAGGGUUUCCUGAGCAUCGUCCACCGCCCCCUUUCUCCCACUUCCGCUCUCCUCACUGCAGCCUCCACUCGUGUGAUGUCUUUUACAGACGAUACCUAUCACUUCAUGUUUUUAUGUCUUUAUUCCUUGGGACCACUGGAUGGUUUUGUGGAUUUUUCAGGGUAUUUAUAUCUGUGCAGCAUGUAUUUUACUAUAUAUUUUUUAUAAGCAUUGAUAUUAAGGGUGUGAAUCUGUAUGGGUGAGUCUGACAGAGUUCAUCAAUAUAUGCAUAGACGAAUGUGAACAUGAAGGGUUGGUAUGGAAAGGUUGGUGUGUUUUGUUAUGUUCAGAGGAGUGGGGAAUAUUAAUUUUCUUAUGUGGAGCUUUUUACUCCAACUUUAUUGGCUUCACUCAGCACUGCCAGGUAACCAAUAGAGAGAGGAAGCACAAAACAUUAGGAGUACUUCUGAGUCAGUAACUUAGCUCUGGGUACUGAAUAUGUUCAUCAGCAGAACAGGUGACUUGGGUAUACAAACUAAUGGAGAAAUGUCAUAGAGAUCUGAAACCAAGAUCCAAUAUUUGUUGUACUUUGUCCUCUCUUUGUCUUAGAAUAAAUAAAAUUAUGAGUAAUUCUGCCCUUGUUAGAUAACCAAACCAUUUUGAUCAGGGCAGCUUUCUUCUGAAAAACGUGGCUGAAUUUUGUCAGUGGCAGUUCAUGCUUAGAUCAAAAGAACUGUUGAUGCAGAUAUAACCAAUUCACUGAUGUAUUACUGUUGGUUGGUGUAACAUUUGAGAAAACCUAUAAUCCAUAUUUGUAAAUAAAGAACUAGUCCUCAGCCUUGGAAUAUAUUCAGUGAGCCCAGAGUCUAGCCUCUCAGCUAGGUAGUAUGUUCUCUCUUUCCAGAAGCUUCCUUGCUGUAGACAUUCCAGGGAUGGGAAUCAUAUCCAAUUCAUUUCUGUAUCACUGGCCCCCGCACAGUGGCUGACCUGUGUUACAAGAAUAAAUGAAUGCUUGCCGUGAAUAAAUGAACUCGCCCUCAAGUUUCUGAGAAACCUUUUAAUGGUUCCUAAUACACUUACUCAUUCCUCAACACCUGGUUAGCAAGAAAGCUUGUAAGGAGAAACACUCCAGAGGUUCCAGGCAAGAGAAGGGGCGGAGGAAUGUUGAUAGAUCAGAACAGUAUGCAACACGCUACCCAACUUUUUGUUCCCUUGAUUGCCUGAUGGUAGGAGGGAAGAUUAUAUAAUUAGCAGCUUACCUGUCUGGUCCCCAGGAAGAAAGGAUAAAGAGAUUGGAGAGAGUCAGAGUAUUAGAGAUUCCUAAGAGAUUUUGAAAUGGCUACCUAAAGUGAGCAGCAGCCCUGCCCUCACAUGCCCACAGCUGGUGGUGGUAAUGUGUAUUGGCAGCUGCCUGGGGAGCAUCCCAUAUUUGUCAGUAUCAACCUGACCACCUCCCCUGAGCUUUACAUAUUAAGUCACUGCUUGCUACUCAUCUUACCCAAAGGUGAGCUGCAGGGGAUCCAGAGAUAGGCGAGAAAAGAGCACUCAUACUCCCUUAGAAGAAAUAAGGCCCAUACUUAAGAAAAAGUAGUGAUUUCUUUGGCAUAUUGAAUUUAUUUAUGUCUUUUGAGAUGUAAAGAAGACUUCUGUUAACCAAAAUGAUGGUUAUUCCCCCUAAAAACGUCUUUGUGUCACUUACAAUUGCUAGUCAUUUCUGUGCAGUUGUUUUUCUUCUGGAAAGUGGCCUCGUCCUUCAAAAAAAGGUGAUUUUAUAAAUGCAGUUUCCUAACAAAUUAUGGGUAGUGGGGGUGGGGGGGGUAGUGGGGAUUUUAUCUAUUCAGUCUCUGAGCUCUUCGUUGAGUGUUACAUUUUAAGAACAAGGAUCGGGGGAGGAAUGGAGGUAUCAGCCGAAUAUGUAGAACAGCCAAAAGACAUUAUUGAGUAUUCAGACUUGAGCUGUGUAAAUAUCUAACAUCGGCUUCCAGCCUUAUGAGUUAUUUGAACAGAGAGUUAAGAAGAAAAUGGAGAUUUUUAUGAAUAAAAUGUUUUGCCAAACUAAA